AAUUUUUCUUUCUUUUCAAUAGGACAACAGGAAACAACAAAAGCCCCAUCUGUAGAAGGACAACAGGAAACAACAAAAGCCCCAUCUGUAGAAGGACAACAGGAAACAACAAAAGCCCCAUCUGUAGAAGGACAACAGGAAACAACAAAAGCCCCAUCUGUAGAAGGACAACAGGAAACAACAAAAGCCCCAUCUGUAGAAGGAGUAAAGGAAACAACAAAAGCCCCAUCUGUAGAAGGACAACAGGAAACAACAAAAGCCCCAUCUGUAGAAGGACAACAGGAAACAACAAAAGCCCCAUCUGUAGAAGGACAACAGGAAACAACAAAAGCCCCAUCUGUAGAAGGACAACAGGAAACAACAAAAGCCCCAUCUGUAGAAGGACAACAGGAAACAACAAAAGCCCCAUCUGUAGAAGGACAACAGGAAACAACAAAAGCCCCAUCUGUAGAAGGACAACAGGAAACAACAAAAGCCCCAUCUGUAGAAGGAGAACAGGAAACAACACAAGCCCCAUCUGUAGAAGGAGUAAAGGAAACAACAAAAGCCCCAUCUGUAGAAGGACAACAGGAAACAACAAAAGCCCCAUCUGUAGAAGGAGUAAAGGAAACAACAAAAGCCCCAUCUGUAGAAGGACAACAGGAAACAACAAAAGCCCCAUCUGUAGAAGGACAACAGGAAACAACAAAAGCCCCAUCUGUAGAAGGAGAACAGGAAACAACAAAAGCCCCAUCUGUAGAAGGACAACAGGAAACAACAAAAGCCCCAUCUGUAGAAGGACAACAGGAAACAACAAAAGCCCCAUCUGUAGAAGGACAACAGGAAACAACAAAAGCCCCAUCUGUAGAAGGACAACAGGAAACAACAAAAGCCCCAUCUGUAGAAGGACAACAGGAAACAACAAAAGCCCCAUCUGUAGAAGGACAACAGGAAACAACAAAAGCCCCAUCUGUAGAAGGUAUUUAUGUGCAAAAAAAAGUGUAUUUUGGCAUUGGACAAGGACAAUUAAACUUUCAUCAAUCUUCUACAUGGCCAGGGUCCAAUAUAACUAAGCAGGGAACAAACUAUUUGUUGGAAUUUAAUACUUUUAGCAUUCAAAAGUAAAUUAAAUGUGCAGUGAUGUCAUCAACUAGAGCCUAUUUGAAUAUCUU